AAUAAAUCGAAGCCAAAUCCACACGAAGAUUAGAAAAAACAAUACUAUAAAUGCAUAUACAACCAAUUCCUUCCCUUGAGAAAGUUUCGAUAUUUUCAGAAUAGUUGUAAUUCUAAGUUUCAGAAGAAAGUGAGAAGAGACGAAGCUAUAUUAUCUUCAGGCAGCAACCAGGCAACCACUAUGAAUGAUCUACAAAGCAUAAGCGACAAAAUGUUUAUGGACAAGAAUGUAUCAGCAUGCGACUUACAAGAGAGCGUAGUUUGUAACUGCAAGGAGCCUACUCAAAUCGUCGUGAAAGAUAUAUGUGUCGAUGAGGGUGUGCCUAUGGUGCAGGAGAAGUUCUUAUUCAACAAGGAAGAAACUCUCAAAGUAAAUGGGAAUGUUUCCGAACCCAAGUCCUCAGAAGACAACAAGCCUGAAGAAUGUGUUGACACUAAAGAUGUUAUGGAGUUGGUUGUGACUGGAGAUGAAGUUGGUUGCGAGAAACCGCCACUUGAAAAUGUAGUAGCUGAAUCAGAAAGUGUCUCUAACAAGGCUUUGACCUUGAGAGAUAUUAUAUCAAUGGAGGAUUCCAAUAAACCUCUCAACAAUGUCAACACUAAUGAGCCUGAAGGAGACCUAGGCCGUGAUAUAGAACAGAGGAAAACAGUGGAGAAAAAAUCAGUUAGCUGGAGAUAUCUUCCCUCAGAAACGGUGGAACCAGAGAACCAACGGCUAAACAAUGUACUCGUAGAGGACUCUUAUGAUCAUCACCAUCUCUUCUCAAGUUAUGAGUUUGGUGCAAGAAGUUUCUCUGAAGCAGCAGAGUCAGGUUUAGCUCAUAUAACUUACUCUGGACCCAUCUCAAUCUCCGGAAGCCUCUCAGCUCGAUCUGAUGGAAGCACUGUCAGCGCAAACUCCUUCGCUUUCCCAGUAUUGCAACGUGAAUGGAACAGCAGUCCUGCAAGAAUGGUGAGAGCUAAGAAGAGACAGGAAAAAGGUUGGAGACAUUACUCUCUUAUCUGUUGUAGAUUCUGCAGAUCGAGGGUGCCUUGAUUUCAGUAAAUAUUGUUUUUGUUUUUGAGUUUUGAGGGUUUUUCCCCAAGUUUCAUGUGUUGCUUCAAACACAAGGCACAAACCCUAAGUUGCGGCAAACUCUUGAUUGUUAUUUCCUUAUGUUAUAUGGGCUUUUUUAAGUACCAAGGCCCAUUUGUUUGCAACUUGUUAAGGAAACUGUAUACAAUCUUGUCGU